AUGUCAAGUUCAUCUGUCCCAGCUUUGGAAUCGAUUCUAAUGACACGAAUCUCAAUGCGAUGGGCAUCAGAAACACCCUUCGAAACCACCGACACACUGGUGAUAAUGGUUGGCGAAUGGUACGUCGAUCUGCGAGUCGAUAAAAGAACCGGCAAAAUCGACUGGGCCCUCGCAGGAGAAUGUGUUCAGGAAAGCAAAGACCCGCGGCGCGUGGUGUUCACCCAUGAGAUUGACUCCCACCAUAAUUUCAACGUGAGCAACCCAUGUCCAUUCAUCCCGCUACCCAAUGGAGAUGUUUUGGAGACUGGGACCAUGGCUCGACCAGAUGUACCCGGAGCGGUGAUGACGGAUUAUGAAGAGGUGUGGAGGUAUGUUCCGUUUCGCAAAGGGCCAGAUGGGCCAGGGCGUGGUCUUUCGUGGAUCUUGGAGUCUCAUGAGGGUGUCCUGGAAGAGGGCCAGCACCAAGUUACCAAAUCGUUUCUGGCACAAAUUGGGGGCUCCUAUUUGGUGCUUUAUCAGAAGCAGAUCCACAUGGUUAGGCGAACAUCCCUUGGAGAAUUGGUUGUUCAAAUCACUGGCGAGGAGGUGAGCGCGCGAAGAGAAGAGUGGACGGAUGGCCAAUGGGAGAUAAAAUAUGCAUUGGGACCAGCCAGUGGUGGUUUGCCUUCAAUGGCUAAUGGGCUGGAUGUUGCAAUGCGAGGGCGUAAGAGUGGUGAGAGGGUCACCAUCAGAGGCUGCGACUUCAUUGUGCGUGCAAGUGGUUCAGAAGCCCCGAGGAAAACCAGGCAAUAUCGUCUCUAG